AGAUUGAAUUCAGAAGCAGGCUGGAAUGAUAAAAAGUCAUGAUGAUGAGUAUUUCAUUGAACCCUUGGAAAGAGGUAAGCAGAUGGAGGAAGAAAAGGGAAGGAUUCAUGUUGUCUACAAGAGAUCAGCAGUAGAACGGGCUCCCAUAGACAUGUCCAAAGACUUCUACUACAGAGAGUCAGCACUGGAAGGCCUUGAUGAUCUAGGUACUGUUUACCACCACGUUGACCGGCAGCUGAACCAAACAAUUAGGCGUCGCAGACAUGCGGGAGACAACGAUUACAACAUUGAAGUGCUGCUGGGAGUGGAUGACUCUGUGGUCCGUUUCCAUGGCAAAGAGCACGUCCAAAACUACCUCCUCACCCUGAUGAACAUUGUGAAUGAAAUUUACCAUGAUGAGUCCCUCGGAGUACAUAUAAAUGUGGUCCUGGUGCGCAUGAUCAUGCUGGGUUAUGCAAAGUCCAUCAGCCUCAUAGAAAGGGGAAAUCCAUCCAGAAGCUUGGAGAAUGUGUGUCGCUGGGCUUGCCAACAACAAAAAUCUGAUCCCAACCACUCUGAACACCAUGAUCAUGCAAUUUUCUUAACCAGGCAAGACUUUGGACCUGCUGGAAUGCAAGGAUAUGCUCCAGUCACAGGCAUGUGUCAUCCAGUGAGAAGCUGUACCCUGAAUCAUGAGGAUGGUUUUUCAUCUGCUUUUGUAGUGGCCCAUGAAACCGGCCAUGUGCUGGGAAUGGAGCAUGAUGGACAAGGCAAUAGGUGCGGCGAUGAGACUGCUAUGGGAAGCGUCAUGGCUCCGUUGGUGCAAGCGGCGUUUCAUCGUUACCACUGGUCCCGCUGCAGUGGCCAAGAACUGAAAAGAUACAUCCAUUCCUAUGACUGUCUCCUUGAUGACCCAUUUGAACAUGAUUGGCCCAAACUCCCAGAACUUCCUGGAAUCAAUUACUCUAUGGAUGAGCAAUGUCGUUUUGACUUUGGGGUUGGUUAUAAAAUGUGCACUGCGUUCCGAACCUUUGACCCAUGUAAACAGCUGUGGUGUAGCCAUCCUGAUAACCCCUACUUCUGUAAGACUAAAAAGGGACCCCCACUUGAUGGGACUGAAUGUGCUGCUGGAAAAUGGUGCUACAAGGGCCAUUGCAUGUGGAAGAAUGCUAAUCAACAAAAACAAGAUGGCAAUUGGGGGUCAUGGACCAAAUUUGGCUCCUGUUCCAGGACUUGUGGAACUGGUGUUCGUUUCAGAACACGCCAGUGCAACAAUCCAAUGCCCAUCAAUGGUGGUCAGGAUUGUCCGGGUGUUAAUUUUGAGUACCAGCUUUGUAAUACAGAUGAAUGCCCAAAGCACUUUGAAGACUUCAGAGCACAGCAGUGCCAGCAGCGUAACUCCCACUUUGAAUACCAGAACAGCAAACACCACUGGAUGCCCUAUGAACAUCCUGACUCCAAGAAAAGAUGCCACCUUUACUGUCAAUCCAAAGAGACUGGCGAUGUUGCCUACAUGAAACAGCUGGUACACGAUGGGACGCGCUGUUCCUACAAAGACCCGUACAGCAUAUGUGUGCGAGGAGAGUGUGUGAAAGUGGGCUGUGAUAAAGAAAUUGGUUCUAACAAGGUUGAGGAUAAGUGUGGUGUCUGUGGAGGAGAUAAUUCUCAUUGUCGAACUGUGAAGGGGACCUUUACCAGAACUCCCAGGAAGCUUGGGAAACAUUUAAGCAAGCGGUGCCAUACAGAAUUCGAGUUGCUGGGAAAUGAAAUCUGGAAGACAAGAGGCGCCUUCACUUUACCCAAAGGAGCUCGUAAUGUUUCUCUUGCUGAAACAAGGGAAGCUAAAAAUGUACUGGCUAUUAAGAACCAGGCUACAGGCCACUAUAUUUUAAAUGGCAAAGGGGAAGAAGCCAAGUCACGGACCUUCAUUGAUCUUGGUGUGGAAUGGGAUUAUAAUAUUGAAGAUGACAUUGAAACUCUUCACACAGAUGGACCUCUGCACGAUCCUGUUAUUGUUUUGAUUAUACCUCAGGAGAAUGAUACCCGCUCUAGCCUUACAUAUAAGUACAUCAUCCAUGAAGACUCCGCACCUACAAUCAACAACAACAAUGUCAUCCAGGAAGAAUUAGACACUUUUGAGUGGGCUUUGAAGAGCUGGUCUCAGUGUUCCAAACCCUGUGGUGGAGGUUUCCAGUACACUAAAUACGGAUGCCGUAGGAAAAGUGACAAUAAAAUGGUUCAUCGCAGCUUCUGUGAAGUCAACAAAAAGCCGAAACCUAUUAGAAGAAUGUGCAAUAUUCAAGAGUGUACACAUCCACUCUGGAUAGCGGAAGAGUGGGAGCAUUGCACCAAAACCUGUGGGAGUUCCGGCUACCAGCUUCGCACCGUGCGCUGCCUUCAGCCCCUCCAUGAUGGCACCAACCGCUCUGUGCACAGCAAGUACUGUGUGGGUGACCGCCCCGAGAGCCGCCGGCCUUGUAACAGAGUGCCCUGCCCAGCCCAGUGGAAAACGGGGCCCUGGAGUGAGUGCUCUGUGACCUGCGGUGAAGGGAUGGAGGUGAGGCAGGUGCUCUGCAGGGCCAGUGACCACUGCGACGGGGACAAGCCCGAGGCCGCCAGAGCCUGUCAGCUGCCUCCCUGUAAUGAUGAGCCAUGUUUGGGAGAUAAAUCCAUAUUCUGUCAAAUGGAGGUGCUGGCGCGGUACUGCUCCAUCCCAGGUUAUAACAAGUUGUGCUGUGAGUCCUGCAGCAAACGCAGCAGCACCCUGCCACCGCCCUUCCUUCCUGAAGCUGCUGAAACUCGUGAUGAAGUUAUCUUUAACCCCAGUGACCUCCCUGGAUCCCUAGUGAUGCCUACGUCUUUGGUUCCUUACUAUUCAGAGACUCCUGCUGAGAGGAAGAAAUCUUUGAGUAGGAUCUCUUCAGCAGGAGGUCCAAAUGCAUAUGCUACUCUCAGGCCAAACAGUAAACCCGAUGGUGCUAACUUACCCCAGAGGAGAGCUCAGCGAGCAGGAAGUAAGACUGUGGGGCAGGUCUCCCCUGCCACCAGGAGUGGACACCUCACUUCAUCCUCACAAACAGCUGCUGCCCCCUUCCUUGCAGUCCAUGAUUCAACAGGUGCUUCUUCUCAGGCAAGAACCUCAAAGAAAGAGGAAAAGAUUAAUGACAACAGACAUCCGCUAAGAUCGCCCACCUUGGAAAGAUGAAAAGGUGAACCUAAAAAGGCUAGAAAUCAGAGGAAAGCCUGGCCAAGCUCCCUCUCCCAGUGGUGCAUACAGCUUGUUGAAAGUGGUCAUCUCCAUACAUUGUCAACUCAUUUUACCUGUAAAUGGAAGAGCAAAAGUGCUGGUUCACUUUCUAGUUGCUUUCCUCCUUUUUUUGUUCUGCAUUGACUCAUUACCAGAAUUCAUUGGAAGAAGGCACCAAAGAAUAUUAACAGAAGGAAAGUGGCUAAGUGUAUUGGUCACUCUCUACAGCAGAAAAGGGACUGGAGCCAUUUGUGCAUAUCAGCUGAUUUUUUUUUGUUUUAAAAAAGUUAUAGUAAAAAGGAGGUGCCAACGGUUUACACCUUAACAAAAUAUUUUGGAAAUGGAGCAAAGAAUUUGUAGACUUGUAUUUCUAUUUAUCUAUAUUAGAAAUAUUGUAUGAGCAAAUUUGCAGCUGUUGUGUAAAUACUGUAUAUUGCAGAAAGCAGUAUUAUUUUAAGAGAUGUGUUCUCAAAUGAUUGUUUACUAUAUUACAUUUCUGGAUGUUCUAGGUGCUUAUCAUUGAGUAUUGCCUAUAUGACAUUUUUUGGGCUGAUAUUCAAAGCAGAAUGUUACAAAGAAGAAGUUAGAAUUGUAGCUACUGACAAUACCAAGGGUUUUAUUUAAUCAACGGUGUGAUGCUUAAGUUACAGAAAA